CAGACGGAGAGAAGACUCCCGUGAACCGGGCGGCCAUGAAAGCAAAGCAGAGACACCAGCCACCAUCAGCCGGUGGUAAACACUUUGAACACGCACCUGCAUUGAUACAACUUACUUGAAUAAAAAUGGACUGUGUGGAUUUCCCGAGAGUUCUGCCAAAUUCACCCAGGAAAGCCAGGGGACAAAUUCAGGUCAUCUUUGGACCGAUGUUUUCAGGCAAAAGCACUGAACUGAUGAGAAGAGUGCGCCGUUUCCAGAUAGCCCAGUACAACUGCUUGGUGAUCAAAUAUGCCAAAGACACACGUUAUUCUGACGUAGGCAUGGCUACGCAUGACGAAAACACAAUGGAUGCUGUGCCAGCCGCCUGUCUGGGAGAUGUGAGAUUUCAAGCACUGAAAGCCUGCGUCAUUGGAAUUGAUGAAGGACAGUUUUUUCCAGACACAGUGGAGUUUUGUGAGGAGAUGGCCAAUUUAGGAAAGACAGUCAUCGUAGCUGCCUUGGAUGGAACCUUCCAGAGAAAGCCAUUUGGAAAGAUCCUGAACCUUGUCCCUCUAGCGGAGAGCGUGGUGAAGCUCCACGCUGUCUGCAUGCAGUGUUACAAAGAAGCUGCCUACACCAAGAGGUUAGGUGCAGAGAAGGAGCUGGAAGUGAUCGGUGGAGCUGACAAGUAUCAGGCGGUGUGUAGACGGUGUUACGGGGAUCUGAUGGCAGACAAAGAGAACAGUGCUCCCAUCGGGAAUGAAACUCCACAACAUCCCCUCCCAGGAAAACUCGGGGACUGUGGUGUUCACAGGAAGCUUUUCUCCUCUCUUCACCUCUGAACUACAAAAUAAGAGACAUUGCAAAGGUUCAGCGGAGAAUUGAGAAAUUCAACAAUCGUGUGUGUGUGUGAGAAUUUAUUCUAUUAUAAAUGGUAACUUUUAAAUGUUUGUUGGUGUUUUAGGUGCCUUGAAGCAUGUCUGCCACAGAAUUGGGUUUAAUCAGCUCAAUUGAUUUCCUUUGUAUUUGGUGUCAGAUUUUUGAGACUUAUUUUUGUCUUUAGUGUUUUUACUUGAUUAAUAGGGAAGUGCCCUUGAUAUUAACCGCCUAACUUACUGCCAUAGAUUUCAAUACAGUGAGUAACUUUUGUUUGGACAUCUUUUUACAUUUAACUGUAGCAUUAUCCUAUCAAAUAUAUAAGAUUUUAAUUUAUUAAAAAAAUGUAUUUUCUGCAAUCAUUCAUUAUGAAGAUAUCCUUUGUGUAAAGGUUGACUUGUGUUUGACUAUGUAUGGCAGGUGAUACCAAGUAAAAUUCAUGCUUUCAAAACACAGGAUAUUAUUUGAUUAUUUCUCUACAGAUUUUCAUAGAGACAGUUGGGAAAUGCUCCUUUCCUCACACUUACAAAUGUUUUCAACUUGUUGCACUAUCUGUGCGAUAUGUAAUCCAAUGCCCUCACAUGCAGCUGACCAAAAUAACCUGUUUAAAUCCUGGCAUCCAUGGUUGUGCAGUAAGCU